AUGAAACACACAGGAGUUCCCUGCCAUCAACAUUUAGAUCACAUGCAGCCAUUUUCAGCAUCUGCAGAGCAUAGUGUGAAUCACGAAUCUUCCGUUUCAACCUAUGCACUCGAUCCAUAUAAUUACCGUUCAUUUCCUUCCACACCCGGAAGCGCUUCAACCGACCACUCUUUUGGAAGCCUUUGUUCUGCAUUCAGCCAGACAAUAAUUAGUGACUCCCAAACAUCUAGCAGCUUUAUUGAACAUUUAUCUGAUCAAUAUAAUAUUAAUGAGGAAGAAUAUGACGAAGAAGAAGAAGAAGAGUUGAAUGCGCCAUCUUACGAAACCAUUCUGUUUUAUGAAAUUUUGAAAGAAUUCCCUGACCUUGCCACAUUUAUAUGUCAUAACGAUUUCAAUACUUUUUCUCAAAUAUGGUUAGAGCUACAACGACAAAAAGAUCUUGCAAGAUACCCAACAAAUCGAAUGGCUGUUCAAGCCUGGUUAAAAGCUACUGCGCUUCAAAUUCACUUCAACCUUGUUACACUUGUCAAAAGCAAUCCUGCAAAUAGUGAACUCAAUUCAGAACCACGGCGUAUGUUUUCUGCCUGGAGAAGACUCAAGGAUCGUGUUGAAGUUACUCACCAAAUUAUUCGAAUAGUUGAGGAUCGACGCGUUUCCUAUAAUCAAACGCCCAAGGAAGCCAUCACUGACUUACAGCAGGCAGCCGCACAAUUGAAUGACGACCUAAAUUUUUUCAAACAGAACCCAUCAAUUGUCCCCAUUAUAGACGAGAAAGCAGACUGUAUUCGUUUCAAACCAACAGAACAGGUUAGCAUAACAGAACUAACCAGACGUACUGCUGAGACCUAUAACCUGAUGUCCUAUGAUCACAACGCAUCAUUGACGCCUCGGAUAAAAAAUAACACAAACCUUAUUAGUGAAGAUCGACAGAUUUUACUAUCAAAAACUUCGCUACUCACUGCACCUUAUUAUCCAGUAACCGGUUCGACGCCUGAAGCGGAGGAGUCUGUUUUUAUUGAUAAUGAGUCAUAUGUUCCCAAAAUUCAAGAGUGUAAUCAAGCCCAGAACAGUUAUACGAAAUAUGGACUUUCAGACAUUGACUCUCGUGUCAAUCAAGCGUUAAUUGACGAUAAAAAAGCCAAAUCUUCUCCUUCUCCUCCUGUAUGUCCUUAUGUUCAUCCCUUACAAAUUCUUGUCGCUACAAGCCAGAACGCUGGAUGGUCAUUACCCGUGACACCUCAAACAGAAGCAACUCAGCAACAACUAUUCAUUUCACUUCCAUCAUCUCCCGCAGCCAUUGAUGUGCAACACAGAAAUAGUUAUAUAUUUGCUCCAUGCAAUUCAACCAGAGACGAGGCUAUGUCGCCAGCAACGUCUUCAAUUAUUAACUCCCCAUUGAAUACUUUGAGCGAAGACAGUUUAGAUUAUCAGUUCAUAGAUUGUGAUCUUGUAACGCCGCGGAUAGAAGAGAAAGAAUUUGACUAUGAGCGCUCUGUUGAAAUUGCUGCAACUGAUACAAGUAUAACUCCUACUACAACUGUUCCUUCUGAAGAAAUAAGGGAAGAUCUACCGGAAGAGGAUGGGUACCAAUUGCAGGAAGAUGACGUAGAUAAAAAUAUGAAAACAAUGCAACAUCGGCAACGCAAAUCAGCACGUGCUGCUGACCCAAAACGUAGUAGUAAGAAGAAAAAGCUGAAUCUGAAAGAUUUGCGCAACAUGAUACCAGUGACUAGAAAUCAAACCAGACGAACAGCAACCUCUUAUGAUGCAGAAACAACGCAUUAUCUUAAAUCUGUCUUUUAUAAUGUUUAUAGUCAAACGAAUAAGCUCACUAAGGAACAGCGGUAUCGCAUUCAAAAGGAAACAGGUCUCAAAUCAAGGAAUAUUACUUAUUGGUUCAGUAAUCAUAAGCGCCGAUUUCACGAAUCCCUUAAGCUUUUCAGAAAGGUCGUUGAACAGAGCGAAGGACGCGUUAAAACUUACGAUGACUUUUUAUCUUGGAGACGCUCUCAAGGGCUCCCAGAGGAAAUCAUGGAAAAUGAAAUGAUAAUAGAAGAAUUCUGA